AUGAAGUUGUCGGAUCUUCCAUUGGUCCUCCCCAUUGCUGAAUGGAUAUGGAGUAGUACUGGUAGCAGCAGCAGUAGUAGUGAAGAUGAUAUUGCUAGUGAUGUUGUCACUGCGCAAGUCUGUUUGAGUCAAGUGGAAGCCUUGGACAUUCCCGCGUUUGUGUCGGGUGGCUGUUUCGCCCAAAUCGUUUCCAAAGUGUCGGGCAUUGGCAUUAUCGUGGGAGCCUGUUUCAACAAGGCUCCUACCAUUAGCAACAUGCUCGAAGCCCAAUCGGCCGAAGGGUUCUCUAGAAUGAGUUUGUACACCGAGUGCCUCUUUUACGCCAAUAGCAGUAUCUACAGUAUCCAGCAAGAAUACCCCUUUACAGCGUACGGCGAGAACUUGGUGUUACUCUUACAAACCAUGGUCAUGGUGGUCCUCUUGUGGCACUAUUCGUCCGUUACCAUGACAGAACAAGUGGGCGUGGUGGUAUCGGUGGUGAUCUACUUGGGAGUGGCCAUUUCCCUCCUUCCCGCCGAGCAUCGGUAUCUGCUGCAUGCCUUUAACGAUGUGAUUAUUCUGUAUUCGGGUGGUUUGCAAGUGGCGGAAACGUAUCGCGUCAAACACACCGGUGCUCAAUCCAUAGUGACGACGAGUAUGAAUUUGGUGGGUGAAGUGUUGCGAGUAUUUACGACAUUGGAAGAAGCCGAUGGAGAUUGGAACAUGAUGUUGGGCUAUCUGUUGUGUGCCGGAUUGAGUGUGACCAUGUUUGCGCAGUACUUUUUGUAUCAAGCCAAUACGGAACAGUUUUAUUUGCAAAAGCAACAAGAAAAGAAGGAAAAGAAGAACAAGGUGGAGUAG